AUGCCGUCAGCAACUUCCGGCCAAGUCGUUUGUGUCACCGGCGCCGGUGGUUACAUAGCCUCAUGGAUUGUGAAACUUCUCCUUGAGAGAGGCUACACUGUACGAGGAACUGUUAGAAACCCCGAUGAUGCAAAGAAUAAUCAUUUGAGGGAGCUGGAAGGAGCCAAGGAGAGAUUGACACUGUGCAAAGCUGAUCUUCUUGAUUACGAGAGUUUACGUGAAGCAAUCAACGGCUGUGAUGGCGUUUUCCACACUGCUUCUCCCGUCACCGAUGAUCCAGAACAAAUGGUGGAGCCGGCGGUGAUAGGGACGAGGAACGUGAUCAAUGCAGCCGCCGAAGCCAAAGUAAGGAGGGUGGUGUUCACAUCUUCCAUUGGUGCCGUUUACAUGGACCCUAACCGGGAUCCUGAAAAAGUUGUGGAUGAAUCUUGCUGGAGCGAUCUUGAUUUCUGCAAGAACACCAAGAAUUGGUAUUGCUAUGGGAAGACUGUGGCGGAACAAGAAGCCGUCAAAGAAGCCGAGCUCAAAGGAGUCGAUUUGGUGGUGAUCAACCCGGUGUUGGUGUUGGGGCCAUUGUUACAACCCACCGUGAAUGCUAGUGUACUUCACAUCCUCAAGUAUUUGACUGGCUCUGCAAAGACUUAUGCCAACUCCAUUCAAGCUUAUGUCCACGUUAAGGAUGUUGCAUUGGCUCACAUUCUCCUCUAUGAAACUCCCUCUGCCUCAGGGCGUUACCUCUGCGCUGAGAGCGUGCUUCAUCGCGGCGAUGUCGUGGAAAUCUUGGCCAAGUUCUUCCCCGAGUAUCCUAUCCCCAUGAAGUGUUCUGAUGAAAUAAGGCCAAGAGCAAAACCAUACAAGUUUUCGAACCAAAAGCUCAAGGACUUGGGACUUGAAUUCACCUCAGUGAAGCAAACCCUUUAUGAAACAGUUAAAAGUCUUCAGGAGAAAGGUCAUCUUCCACUCCCAGUCACAGCAGAGAGUGAUGAGGCAAUUAAAAUUCAGUCUUAG